UAGAGAUGAUGUUUCACCAUGUUGACCAGGCUGGUCUCGAACUCCUGACCUCAAAUGAUCGUCCUGCCUCGGCUUCCCAAAGUGCUGGGAUUACAGGCGUGAAGCACCAUGCCUGGCAUCAGCAUAUUAAUUGAAGCCUUGUAGAGCUUCACAAAGGUUCCAUUGAAGAUUUGAGGAAGAUGAAGAAGCUGCAACACCUUUCGGACCUUUGGGCUCACACCAUUGAUACUGCUGAUCCUGAUAACCAACGCCAAUUUGGGUUCUGCAGUUUUUGGGUCCAGUCUUAAACCUGGUAAGGGAUUCAUUUGGGGGUUCACACCGGCGGGCAUCCUGGCUCAGGCGGAACUCUGGCUCCAGACAGCGCGCCCAAGACCACACGAGGCGGGGGCUAAAGGCCAGUGACGCAAGCAGAAGGAGGAGCGCGCCGGGUGCAAGCACGUGACCGGGGCCUGAAGCCGGAAGCUACCUAUCUGGUAGGGAGCUCCCCCAGCACCGAAGACUGCGAUGACUUCUGCACUGACCCAGGGUUUGGAGCGAAUCCCAGACCAGCUCGGCUACCUGGUACUGAGUGAAGGUGCAGUGCUGGCGUCAUCUGGGGACCUGGAGAAUGACGAGCAGGCAGCCAGUGCCAUCUCUGAGCUGGUCAGCACAGCCUGCGGUUUCCGGCUGCACCGCGGCAUGAAUGUGCCCUUCAAGCGCCUGUCUGUGGUCUUUGGAGAACACACACUGCUGGUGACGGUGUCAGGACAGAGGGUGUUUGUGGUGAAGAGGCAGAACCGAGGUCGGGAGCCCAUUGAUGUCUGAGCCUGCCGGAGGGCGAGGGUCGCAGAAGCGGAUUGGGUCCUGGGCCUCUGUGAUGAGGCAGGCACACACGUCGGUCUUGGCUUGCUGCUAUAACUAGGGCCUUCUGCUCGCCCACCUCCCACCCCUACCUGGAUGGGCCGAGGCUUGGGGACUUUGAGCUGUGUUAAGAACAAGGGCAAGGAGACCUCCCUUUGUGCUCCCUCCCUCCCUAAUAAACACGAGUCUGAUGUUA